AUGAGGUUUAUCUUGCCGACGCGCGCGGGGCCGAAACGCACAGGCGCAGGGGCGCGGCGAGGAGCGCUCGAGGGCGCGCACUGGGCGGCCCGGCCCGAGGAGCGGCGCGCGGCGCGCACCGUGGGCUGCUGACCUUCCCAGGCCGCUGCAGGACAGAGACGUGUGCCCGCGCCUCAGAAGGGCUGGGAAGAGGGAUUCAAGGCUGAUGUCGACGUGGCUCAUUCCGGGGAGAAUUUCAGACCCCAGACUGAAGCUAUGCUGCCCAAGGAUAGUGUGGGCAGCCCUGGAAUCCUGGAUGAGCAGGCCCAGUUGGGAAGCUUACCUGGAACCAUUCCAGAAAGUUCCCCAUUUCCUAGUGAAAGAAACAGAAGAAUAAAUUCAGACCUAGUGAUCAGUGGAUUAAUCCAUAAACCCCAACCCUUAGAGAAUCGAGAGCAACAAAAGUCAUCAGACAUCCUAGAGGAGUUAAUUGUUCAAGGAAUAAUACAAAGCCACAGCAAAGUAUUUAGAAAUGGAGAAUCAUAUGAUGUCACCAUAAGCAUGACUGAGAAGCUGCUGAGAAAGCCACCAGCCAGGCUGAAAAAACUUAAAAUCAAAAAGGAAAUAAAAGAUUUCCUGAUGAAGGACAUAGAAGAGAACAUGCAGGCAGUGGAGGAGUGCAGGAAGACUAAAGAAGAAGAAAUAAGACAAAGGCUGCGGAGUGACCGACUUCUGCCAUCUUCAGAUUCAGCUGAAGCGGGUGGGAAGGAGGCUCCGUUUGCCGAAGGACUUAAAACCGUGAGUUGUGCUGCGUUUGAACCCUCUGACCUGCCGGAUGGAAAGCUGUUGAAAUGA